AUGGCUGCACAGGCUGUCUCUCCCCUGCCCGAGAUGUUGCCAGAGGAUGUGGUUGACCACGAAGUGACCUCUUGCGAGAGGUUUGUCGCGGUCAAUCGGUGGCGGUACACUUAUCCUGGUGCUCUGGUUGAGUGUGAUGAAGGCGCCGCCUCCAUCGAAACUAUUGGCAGGUCGGCAAAGCGACUUCGCUUGUGGAAGGAGUCUGAUCCAAAGUUUGACAUGUCUGACGUUGCUGACUCUAUCGACGUGCCAAUAAGAUCCGAUGGAGUUGUGGAGAAGCAAAGGGUGAGGUCGUACCUUUGCGGAUGUCUUCGAGCCUUGCCGCAGGACCUCGCGCUGGUGUACUGUCUCCAUUCUGAGGAGGCCGAGGAGGCAGUGCGUAUUUGCAUCUUCUCAAGCCAGGCAUUUCUGCUCGUUGACCAGCUGGUGGAGGUGGACGUGGGCGAAAUUGAGAGCUGUGGGCAACUUUGCCGACGGAUGUGGACCCCACGUUCAAAGUGGAGGUCCGCAUUCGAACAAGUAGCUGCAAGGUUAGAGGGCACGCUGCAGUCAGUGCGGGAGUUUGACCGUCUAGUGUUUGUUGUUAGUGGGGCUCUGGCUGACGUGCCAAUGCACGCCUUGCCUCUGUGCGGAAAGGAGCCUCUUUUCCUGUCAAAGAUUGUGACUUAUGCCAACUCCUUGGUCGAGAUGUCGAUUCAGCCGAAGCCAAGUUUGAAGUCGCCUCAUAAGAAGGCAACGGCCAUCAUCUCCAACCCAACCGCUGCAAGGGCUCCUGGUGACUCCGAUGAUAUGCCCGAUCUGCCUUUUGCAGAUUGUGAGGCAUCCACAGUCGCUGAGCAGCUGUCAAGUCCCUUUGUAGCGUUGAGCGGGGCAUCGGCGUCGCUUCGUCAGGUGGCAGGUCUCUCACGUGUCAUGGAUCAGCUAGUGACGACUCUCAACUUGCACCUCUGCCUUCACUUUCACUGCGACGAGCAGAGCUCGGACAACUCGGCCUUUCUCUUGGCACAUGGUGAUGCGCUUCCUGUGUCGAGGUUCGCUGCAGCCUUUCCGGAGUUCAUCGACACAGUGUUCCUUUCUGGAUGCAACACGGGAGCUUUCUCGACGCAGGCCUGCCGGGAGGGGAGCAUUGUGGUGCGCUCAAUCUCAGGAGCCCGUGCCGCGAGAGUUGUUUGCACUGGUUGGCCAGUUGGCGAUGCUUGUGCCUUGCUGGUCGCCCAGAAGUUCUAUGCUGAGCUCAACGCUGGCACAGAUGCUGCAAAAGCCUUGCAGCGUGCGCAAGCUGCCAUCGCCCCGUUGCGCGCGAAGGAUGUCAAGGACAUGGCCACUGCUUUGGCAAGUGCUGAAGACAUGCUUCGCUUGCGCGGAUCCAUCCACGAACAGGUAAGGGGGUUGGAAUGUCUCGAAGCUACAGCCGACGCAGAACCAAUGGGCAGCAGCAUCAACCUGCCACCUUUCUGGUGGGCAUGCCACCGCCUCUACAUGAACGUGCUCGAAGAGGUUGAAUCUUCGUUGGAUGAGGCAGUGAGCCCCGCGUCUGCUGAAUCUGAUAACGGUGGGCUAUCGCAUGCCGGCAGUGCCAGUCUGCAAGGUGCCGAAACUUCCAGCGAAGAUGCUGCAGCCGGAUCUGGCGACGAUGAGGCAUCGCGUACUGGCAGUGCUGGCAGUUCGGUGACAUUCAUGCGCCAUGGUAACCUUUUCAAUUCCGACAACGACAGCGAUGAGGAGGAGUCCAAUGCGUACUUGGACAUGCCGUUGCCACAAGUGGCUCAAGAAGUUCACAGGGGUUGUUCUUGGCAGCCGCUCGUUGUCGAAGCUGUUCCCAAUGAGUGCGGAGGUGGCUAUGUUGUUCUGGACAAGGCGGAAAAGGCCCUUGUUUUCUGGGACACUUGCCAUGAGAAGGUCUGCUCAAGUAAGCCUAGCGAGCUGGCUGAAUGUGAUUUCAGCUGGGUUGACCUGGCCAUCGAUUGUGACGAACGUUCAAGUAGCAGUCUCUGCUGCUUGGUGCUGACGUACUUCGAGAUCCUUUCAUUCAGCAAGCACCGGAACACACUUACCUUGUUGUGGAAUCUGAAGACAAGUUCACAGUUCUGCUCAUUGGCGUUGAUGCCCUCUAGUGAUGCCUUGUUCUACACCGAGUUUAAGCAGAAACAACACGUUGUUGCUGACGCAUGCCUUCACGUCGUGCAGAAGCAGACCGGGCAUGCCAUCGGCAAGUCCUUCAAUGCUGCCCAAGCUUCCUUUCCUUGGAGCGCGGAGAGGUUUGCCGUGCUUCGGUCAAAAGAAUUUCAGGAUGAUCUAUUGCUGUGUUGCGAAGUCUCUGAGGACAGGUUGACUGCCAUGAGCUUGUCAACCGGCGAGCGUGUGCGAAGUCUGACGCUGUCUGGCGCCGACAUCAACGACGUGAAGGUCGUUGAUCCUGAUCAGGAAGAGUUCGUUGUAGGUGGACGUCUCAUCAUCGUCUGCAACGUGGCGAUGGAUGUCAUUCAAGUUGUUUGGCCCCUGGCCCCAUUGCAUCGCUUCAGCUUCAUACCCAGCAUGAACUCGAUAGUAGCAUCCCCCGGUCGUGCGGAGCUUUCGGAUGACGAGCUCGCAGGUCUUUUGGGACCCUCGUCUUUCGCGCCUUCAUCUCGCGACUUCGGCACGUGCCUGCUAUUGUGGGACUACGCCAAGCUGAAGCUCGGCAGCGGAGCGAUCGGCUUCGAUGGGAGCUCAAGAGGCAGGCCCAAGCCCAGCACAGUCACGGUACCAAAGGCAGUGGUGCCUCCUUUCGGACGCUUCCCUUACGAAAAGUUGUUGGUGGUGAGCUCGAUGACGCGAUCCGUGCUGGAUUGGUGUGUGAAAACAAGCACGUCUCGGUUGGAUCGGGCAGACCUUCUAAGAGCAGCUCUGCCAGGUGGAUGUGGUGGCCUGAAGGAUGAAGCGAUUGCAAAGCAUUUGGAGGCUGGAUUGGGCUUCCCAGCCGCAUUGCAGUCCGAGCUUUCCGUUGAGGAGAUCGGGGGGGUUGCUGAGAGGGUUGGCUUCGAUUGUGCUAUGGUGGCAGCGGUCCGGCAGGCAGAGCCAGAGCUUCUGUGUGAGGGUAUCAGGGUGUUCGUACGCCGUGGGUUGUCUGCGGCCAAAGAGUUCAUCGAGGCUGCGCAGAGUCGCGAGCAAGCUGCCGAGAGCAUUGAUCACUCCUACGGCGGCGCAUGA